CUGAGUUGGAAGUUGAUUUAUAUUUUUAAAAUAAGCUGUGCAACAAGUAUUUCUUAAUCAUGCAUAAGGUACGUUUUCAUUGUAAAAUGAAAGUAUUUCAGCUUAUCAAAAUGAAGACACUCAUUUCUUAUUUCUUAUUUUUAUUGCUUUUACAAAAGUAUGGAGGUUACAGUGGUCAGAUGCCUGGAAUGCCAAUGACAAUAGGACAGUCAAUGCCAGGAGCAGUACCAAAUACGCCUUAUGGUGCAUACUCUGGAUAUUCUGCAUAUUCUGGUAUUUACUCUGUUGCUGCUGACCCCAUGUGGACUUACUUCAGUGCCAUUGCUGGACAGCCCCACAGGUAUACUAGAUGGUUCUGGGUUUUGUGGUGCCAAUAUGCACCUUCUCAAGAGCGUGGAUCUGCAGAAGCAAUGUAUUUGAAGAUCUCCAGUUACAGGAUGGAAAAGUGGAUGCUGAAGAACUACAGAGAUGUCUACUGCAGUCUGGAAUCAGUGGGACCUAUUCUCCAUUCACUCUGGAAACUUGCAGAGUUAUGAUAUCCAUGCUGGAUAGAGAUUAUACAGGAAAAAUGGGAUUUAAUGAAUUUAAAGAGCUCUGGGCAGCUCUCAAUGCCUGGAAGCAAAGCUUCAUGAUGAUUGAUAGAGAUCGAAAUGGGACUGUGGAACUUUAUGAAUUAACUCAAGUCAUUGCAGCUAUGGGUUACAGGUUGAGUCCACAAACACUGACCGCUAUUGUAAAACGUUACAGCAAAAAUGGCAGAAUCUUUUUUGAUGACUAUGUAGCAUGCUGUGUGAAGCUACGGACAUUGACAGAUUUCUUCCGGAGAAGAGACAAGAUGCAACAGGGGGUUGUGAAUUUUGUAUAUGAUGAUUUCUUGCAGUGCAUUAUGGCAAUCUGAGUGUUGAACUGCUGGAGGAAAAAAGGAUCGCCAACCUGUGAAGAGUUUCUGUUUAGAAGAAAUUAACAGAACCUGCUGUGAAUGGAAGCUAUUGCAGAGUUUUUCAUCUUUCUGCCUGAUAAGUUGUCCACUUUGAUGCUUUGGGGUUGUGUGGAUUUUUUUUAAAUUUUUUUUGUUUAAGUGCGCAGUUCAGACCAAUAAAUAUUUUUUACAUUUUUAGUAUUUUUAGAAGCAUAUUUCUUUUAUAUGUACAAGUGUAGUUCCAGACAAGUAAAUUUGUGCUAAGCUCCUGAGCUUAUUGAAGAGUAAAAGCUUAUGAUCAGAAAUAUAGGCUGCUACUCAUAUAUGGUUAGCUAACUUAAACAAAUAGAAAAUAAGAUAGUCUAAACUUUAAUCUGAUAUAGGUAUUUUUCAUCAGUGGUAGUAUACUGUCUAAGAUGGCAUGCUCUGAAGAGCUGUGGGGAUGUGGACAAACUGAAACAGUGGAUUUUAUUUAAAAAGCAAAAUAUUCUAGGUAAAACUUUCCCAUUCCCCCAUCUUGUUGUAGUUCAGUGGGUGUUUUUGUUUUUGUUUUUUAUGAGGCAAGCUAUUUGUCUGUAUAUAGAUCAGAUAAUACUCUUCAAGUACAGCUUUAGUUACCUUCAGCUGACUUUUUUUUUAUCCACCUAAUGCUUCUCCCCAAGGAAAUUUGGAUUUUUGUCAGGGUUUGGCUUAUCUUGGAACCUUUCAAUGACUUCAUCUAGAUCAGUAAAAUCAUUGGCCGAAUAGACCUUAUGUGCUAAACCCACUCCAUGCUUUUCUCUAAAUUCUCUUAAACAAAAUGUUUUGGGGAAUAGAAAUGUCUAGCUGGAUGAUAGAUACUUAACAGCACUCAACCAAAAUCAUUUGCGAAAAUGCGUGGGCCUCAAUGGCAAAUGAUUUUAUUAGCUCCAAUCGCAAAAUCUGGGUAUCUUUUGAAUUCCUGCAUCAGUGAACUUGAGGGAUUAGACAUGGAUAUACCUUCUAAUUUUACUGGAAGGAUGGAGCUUGAUGUAAUGUACUGAGAUUGCUGUGUGUGUAGGAAAUUUGAAAAGACCUAAUCUUGCGGCUUUUUUUUUUUUUUUCGUGUCUUUGUGUGGUUCAAGCCAUUAAGUGGUGUCCUAUGUAAUCCUGUGCUUUUUACACUUACUCCUGUAGUGUUACUGAAUGUAAUUUGGGAAUGAUUUUGCUCAGUAUUUUUGUUACUGAAAUGUAUGCAACCUUUUUAGAUCCCUGUUAGAGAUGUUUGCAUUACAGUAACUAAACUCAAGUUGGUCACAAAUAGUCACAUCUUGUUGUUCAUGACUGAAAUAAGUAUGAUACAUUUAUUUGCAUAUAUUUAGGCUUCUUGCAAAUAUGUUUUCAUGGUGAUGUAAAGUACUGAAUAGUAUGCUUGAUGUACAAGUGCUUUUAUUUGUACAGUAAAGAAUUUUCCAAGUCA